AUGUAUAAAAAGAUGUUCGAUAUUGCACAAGCAUAUAAUUAACAACCACUAAAUUAGGCAAUAAAGUAAGUUCAAGAAAUGGAUGUAGAUUUUUGGGGAACUAAUAUUUUAGAUGCAUUGGUCUAAGGCAUUUAUGAUGAAAAAUAUUAAAAAAGCAAAUGUAGUCCAGAAACUUUAAAUGCUUUUCUACCAACAGAUGCUCCGGAAGAUAUUAUCAAAUUAGUAUCUAAAAAUCAAAGACCUGAAACUAGAAUUUAUACAUUAGGUAUUGGGAAUAAUUUUAGUGAGUAUUUAGCCUAAAGAUUAGCUGAAGUUGGAAAUGGAAAAUGUUAAUUAGUAGGAGAAAAUGAGAAUAAUAAUUCUAAAGUUAUAGAUUUGUUAGAGGUUUCCUUAAAUUAUUAUUUAAAGGGAUUUUCAUUGAUACAUAAUAUUGAAAAAGCUUCAUAGAUUAUUUCUGAUCCAAAAUCAAUAACUUACUUAAAGGAAAAUCAAGAGUUAACUUUACAAAUUUUAUUUUCAAAGAAACAGAAAAAAGAAAAUUAAGAAUUCAAAAUUAAUUGUUUUGAUCCAUAAAUGAAUAAAUAAAUUAAUUGA